AGCGCCGCCAUGGCUCCCAUCCCCUCCUUGGAACUGGACCUCGCCAAGUGCUUCGCCGGCGAGCAGCAGCUCAUCUCUUGGGAUGUCGCGUAUAAUGCCCUCUGUGAUCCCAAAACCGCUUCCAAAAGCACUCCACUGCGCAAUUUCUUGAGCGCCGAAGAAAAUCUCGACAUCCUCAGCAGACCAUGGCGACCUUUUGCGGACCCGUCCACACAGGAAAAGAGCCGGUUCGAGACCAGUACCGCCCCCGUCAACGUCACCCCAUCCUCCAACGCAUCUUACAAUAUCGAGCAUAUCAAGGACGAUAGUCUGUGGUUAUCCAAGCAGGCAAAUAUCUCGGAAUACCAAGCCUUGCGCCUGGUCGUACAGGAAUGGCAGACCCGACCGACUACCCAACUGUUGAGCGGUCUGACCGAGGAGGAAGUGCUGAGUGUGCAGGAAGCUGCAGGCUGGUCUAAUUUGGGCACAUCCACCUUCGUCCCCAACUCCUCAAUACUCGGGAAUCCGUCGACCUUGAAUUUGCAGACCGACGCUCACUUCGAUUCUGUGGAUCAGCGACGGCUUCGCAUCAUCGACGUCUACUAUUCCACUCGCGCCUCCAUUCUCCGCGUCAGCCAGCUGCUUUUGACCUGGGGCAGCGCACGAGACCUUCGCAAGAAACCCUUCUAUCCCAAUGAGUAUCGCAUCUGUGAGGACUGGCUCGAGCAAAUGGGCCAAGCCAUUGCCGUCAAACAAAACCAGAAGGAAGCCAACACCAACAACGCCAACGCUCUCGACAAAUGCAUCGAAGCCAUCAAGGUGACGUUGGGCGUGAUGAACCAAGGCUUCGGGUGGGAAACAUCAGAGUCUACCCAGGAAGCCGCUUCGGCACGAUGGUUGCAAGGGCAAACAGCGGAAUUGCUUCAUAUCUUGCACAUUUCUCUUGUCCAUGCUGAUCUCAUAUCCCGCGAGUACAUUCCCGCCAUCACAAUCGAAGCUUGGUUCGAUACCAUUUCCGAGACAAAUUUCUUUCGCGACUUUCCCAUCUUCACGCCUUCCCAGCAACCCAUGGUUCCCUUGAUACAACUACUCACCUCACUCGUCUCCGUCGCGGUGCUAAAAAUUUAUCUUGUUGUGGACGAUCUCCAUACGGGACGUUACAACGCCUGGCAACCCUCUGUAUAUGUUCUCGACCCAGGCACAGUGGAGCGUCUGACCGCUUGCUUCUUCAAUGCGGUUCAGGCUGGACCCAGUCCCGCCACUCCACCAGCUAUGGCCUGGGCUAUUAUUACCGGGCAAAUGAGCGGCUAUGCGCAUGCUCUGGAGGAAGAUCGGGAUAGAUUGAUCGAUGAUGACCCAAGGGGAAGAUCCUCAUUGCCAGCUCCAUCUGCGCUCGAAGAAGCAAUGCUUCCCCUGAUUAGAGCUGAAACUGGCGAGUCGUCUCCUAGUCAAGAACUGGCCUUCGCAUGCGCCCAACUAGGGGUUCUACGUCUUAUCGCUCAGCUGCUUGAUAUCGGCAUGGCUGGUUUUGGAACUGUUGUCGAUCAGAUCUCGCGGGAUCAAUUUCGUCUGCUCUUCCUGUACCUUAUCCGCUCGGGUUUGAGUGUGGGCACAUUGGACUACACUCCCGACUUGAUUGUGACUGCUCACAGUAUCUUGGCUGGCGACAGGACCUUCCGAAACUGGACUUCCAAGCACAUGGUGCUGCACGCAGAUCCUGUCGUAUCGUUCUGUUACGCCGACGAAGAAGUUCUGCGCCCAUUGUUAAUAUCAGAGGCGAGAUUGCGCUACCCUUAUGAGCUUACUCCAUUUCUCAAGUUUUUCAGCGCUCUCACCAGGGGUCAAAAGGCAGGUGAGGAGGGAGAACCGCUCCUGCUCGCAGACCUUAGGAACAUGAACACAUUCAUGCAACGAUUCCCUCCCGGUUUCCAAGACUAUCGUCUGGAGCGAGAGGAUGAAAACGCAAAUCGAAUUGCGCUUAAGAAUGACUUUCCACAGUUCAUUAAAUCGACCUCUUCAGGUUUCUCGAGUCAACGCAGACUUCUCGGAUCAAUGGCUCAUCAGGGAGCGCAUGAUUCCAUGGUCCUUCCCGCCAAUAUUAAAGGUACUGUGGUCGACGACAGUGAAGAACCUUUCAUAGCUGUAUGGCACUAUCGUCACUCUGUGCUACAAUACCUGACGCAACUCCUGUCCACAUACGUUGUGGGUAACGAAAAAGUGGAAAACAGCACGAAAGAGCCCACAUCCUUGGACAGUGCGACGGAGAUUGUUGGAUUUUUCGCGGAUCUGCUACAUUCAUCAUUGCAGACAUUUCAAGCCCAGGGCGAUGAGCGAACGUGCUCCUCGGAUUUAUUGGAAGCUCUGGAGAUUAGUAUUGGAGACACUAAUGAUACAGUCGGCCUGGUUUUCGCCAUUUUCGAGCAGGCGCUACUUCAUCUGAGUCAAGAACCUAGUAACGAGGGCUUGCUUGAACUGCUUAUCAACUGCAUUUACUUUGUCCAGGCUUUGGUCGCCAUUGCUCCUAAUCGAGUCUGGCCAUGGCUGGCGCGAAGCCGACUUCUUCAAGUCGAUAGUAACGGAGGGAGUUUGGCAGCUGUUCUGAUAGGCACCGAGAUGGUUCUCGGCCGUUACGACUUCCUCAUCGGCUGCAUUCGGCUGUUCAGUUCCUUGGUGGAUGACGCAGUGGAGCGUUCUGUCUCACGCAAAACAUCCAGUAAAGCUUUGACUAGGUUCAACGCAGCCACGAUUACCACUAGUGGCACAUCAGACAAGACGAUGAGCGACACCCUGCUCAGUUUCGGACGCACCCUCGCGAGUAUUUACGAAGGGUCUCUGGGCUGGAAGUACAACCGCAUUGAAGACCGGCUGGAGAUCAACAUUGGCAUCUGCGAGGCUUUCACCAACAUUCUUCGUCUGGCAUACAGCGUGGACGACACCCCAAAGCUGUCGGAUAAACUGACAAAACUCAUCGCGCCGGUUGCCGAAUACAUCACUGAGCUCUACCUCACGAAAUCUGAAAAUGACCUCCCGACCAAUCCCAUACUCUCCUCCUUGCUCUCGGGCGCUGACAUCAUUAAGAGCUCUCUGCUCACAAGCUCUGCAGCUCUGUGGAAGCAUCAGACCCGCUCUACGCUAGAGUUGUCCAAUGUACUGGUGCGGGUGGCUAUGCUUUCUGGUAAACCUUGGACGCAUCUGGAGCAGCAGCUCUUCAAAGCCACCCCACUAUUAACACGCCUUUAUGCUACUAGUGAUGUCUGGAAAUCUCCUGUCGUGUUACUUCUGGAGACUCUGGUAAGCGGCGCAACUCGCAUAGCAGAAGAGGAAAUGCAGGAGCAAACUAAACCAGGCGAAAACAAGAAUACGACGGAACCUCCGUCGCUACUAGGGCACUUAGGGCCAAGGACGGCUAAAAACUUCAUGAGUGUGCUUUCGCAGUUGGAUGAGCCGUUGCGGAUUGUAGACAUUCAGAAGAACGUGUGGAACCUGCUGUCUGCUGUUGUAACAUGUAGGCAGCAGUGGUUCGCCCUUUAUCUUCUUACAGGCACCACGCCGAGGGAAAAUAUGAGAGCCAAGCCGGGGCCUGCUGCAGAAGGGACAAAAAGCAAAGCUCUUUUGUCACGGGCAUUGAGCGCACUUUCGAACAUGGAUUUGGAUGGUCCCAAUCGCCCGUGGCCUCUUUACAACGCCAUGCUUGGUUUUAUAACUUCGGCCCAGAAUAAUUGGUCAUGGGCCAUGGGCGACCUACGAGAGAGGAAAGACUUUCUGGACCAGCUUCUUGCAUUUCUUAGAUGGAUGGCCAAGCAACCGCGCGAACCCAAGACGGAUGCUGCUGCGGAGAUACGCGCGCAUCAAAACAGAUUCGCAUCGUUAGCUGCGGAGAUAUUGGCUAUGCAUCUGCAUAGCUGCCGCCAGAUCGGCGAUGCCAUGCCCCUUAAAGACAUUGUUUCGAGUCUAUAUUUCUUCGAGGACAACGCACUUCGUUUACCUUCCUUGAACAGUUCAUUACAGACUAAUCUCAAGACAAACAUCAACAGCACCUUUCCUAGCGUUGUGUUGCCCAACAUCAAACGCACGAGAUUGUUCCCUGCCAGUCUUGGUCAGAGUUUCUUCUAUGACAUUGCUCUAGCGGAUAAACUCCUUAGAUUCGACAACAAAUGGACGGGUUCGAAACCCGGCCAAGGGUUCAAGAGCGAGGUCAUACGGGCAAAUGUCAACCUGAGUCUAGUUGAGUCGCAAGUACAACUUCUCGACAGCUGGAAGCUACUUUCCAUAGAACUGAGCCAUGUCGUAUCCAAAGACGACCGGCUCGUCACAGCUCUUGUCGGCGUUGUCAGGGACUGUAUGCGAGCCAACGCUGAAUCUGCACUCCCAGAAGCACUGUUCAGCAAGCUCAUGGUCGAUCGCGCAGAUCUGGCUUAUGUGCUCCUCAAGAAAUUAGUAGAAGCUAAGAUCAACCCUCCUGAGGCACGAGCGUUAUUAGGACCGAUUUGGGAUGCCAUUCGUGCUUCCACGCUUGACUUUGAUACAGUCUUUUCGGGCGCACAAGCUGAUUACUAUCGUUCACUUUUGAGGAUACUUUUCCUUGCGCUUCAUUUCCACCUGGAAAAUGACUCGGAUCCAGCAGACGAGGCAUCUUUCCGAACAAGCUUUCGCGCAGGAAUGGCACAAUCUGGCAAUGAUCGUUCUGGACCUAUAUCAAGUAAGCUACUGGAAAUUCUCACAGACACUGUCGCCAAAGGUUUCCGCAGCCUGGCCACUCAACUACAUGCCGAGCCAGAUUCCGUAACGCCGUCUGACUUUGCCCUCCUCACUGCUCUUCUGCAGCGCAUCAUCGCGAUCCCGGAAAUGUCAAAGUUUCAAACACAAGCAGCGCUCCUCUUCGCCAACAACAACACAGUCCGCUACGCCACCAGCCUCUUUUCGUGGUCCGAUCGACUCACCUUAAGCAACGGCAACGGCGUUGCAGAUCCCGUCUACGGCGAACUCAGUCUCCUCUUCAUCCUCUCACUCUCCUCCCUUCACUCCCUCGCCGAAACCAUGGCAGUUGAAGGCAUUCUCUCCCAGCUCAACACGGCAAACCUAAUGAACUACUAUCGCCGCAACCACGGCAUGGGCCCCUUCGACUCCCCCUACCGCCUCCACUCCAUUUGGACAAAAGGCAUCCUCCCACUUUGCCUCAAUCUACUCCUCAGCGUUGGCGCUCCUAUAGCGGGCGAGAUCUCUUCCUUCCUCAACCAAUUCCCUGAGCAGCUCCAGCGCUCUUCCAACGCCCUCAAUUCCCGCUACCCGACCAAGAUCACGCUCUCUAUUGCGUCUGAGACGCACUCGCUUGCUCUUUUGUCGAGUAUCCUGGAUAACUUCCGCGCUCAGGGACCAAGGCUCGGCAUCCAGGCUAGUGAUGUUCCCGCGCUGGAGUGGGAUCGUGAGAACGUGAAGGAAGAUAUCGAAGGGUGGAUGGCGAGGAAGGGGGCGUUGAGGGAGAGGGUCGUUAUUGAUGCUGGGCAGGAGAGGGAGGGUGUUGAGCAGAGAGUUUUGAGUGAACUUGUAGCUGCCGGUGCGUGUUUGGGGUGGAAGAGCGGAAGUGGUGCUACAGGCGGUGCUGUAGCUGGUGGUGGUGGCGGUGCCGGGUCGUCUUCGUAGUGUGUACUGGGCGCUUUUUGGAGGCGCGAAUUGUUCUCUUUGCAGAUCAAAAUCUCGAUUUCUUCUUCUUUUGUUUUGAUCUCCUUCUCUUUUUCUGGUCUUU